UUAGAGCACAGACUCAAAGGCCACUCAGCUGCAGAGAUGAAUAACCAAAGUGCAACCUAUGCAGAUCUGAAUUUGGCCAAGUCCGCCAAGAGACAGCAAAGGAAACCUAAGGGCACUCAAAGCUGCACUCCAGUAACUGAGCAGGAAAUAACCUACGCAGAUUUAACUCUUGGAAAUGCUUCCCGGGAUCUUCAAGGGAGGGACAAGAAGGACCUCUCCAAAGUUUCACCAUCACCUUUAGAGAAGCUCAUUGCUGGGACCCUAGGAGUCAUUUGUCUUGUCCUGAUGUCCGCUGUGGUGACAAUCCCUAUUAUGCUUUGUAAAUACAUUUUUGUAAGAAUUACUUUUCCCCCCACAGCUAAUGCACCGCUGGAGCAGAAUAAUUCUUCCUUAAAAAUCAGGAUCCAGAAAGCAUAUCAUUGUGGACAUUGUCCAAAAGAGUGGUUUACAUAUUCCAACAAUUGCUAUUACAUUAGUACUGAAAAAAAAACAUGGAAUGAGAGUUUAAAGGCCUGUGCUUCUAAGAACUCUAGCUUGCUCUACAUAGAUAAUGAAGAAGAAAUGAAUUUUUUGAACGUUUUUGUUAAAUUUGAUGGAUUCAACCCUACCACAGAGACAACAAUAAUCUGUUGGUGUGGCAAAAUGGCUUAGCUUUCUCUUCCAAACUAUCCGCAAUAACGUCAGGAUUUCCUAAGAAUUGUGCAUUUGUGAAGCUUGACAAACACAACAUCUCUUCUGAAUCCUGUUUAGAAAAUAAAAGCUAUGUUUGUAAGCUCCAGCCACAUUAGCUUCGCUAAAUCUAGUACAAUGGUACCUGCACCAUCUAAAAAUAAUACAUUUCUAGUUCUUUUUAAAAGCACUGCAAUUAUUUUUGUAAAACUAUUUUUUAAGAUAUUAUUUUGAGACCAGCUUUAGGCUCACAACAAAAUUAAGAGGAAGGUAUUGGGAUUUCCCUUAUUCCUCUGUCCCUACUCAAGCAGAGCCUUCCUUUCAUAAACAUCAGUCACCACGGUGGUACAUUUCUUACUGAAAAUGAUUCUACUUUGACUCUUCAUAACACUUAAAGUCCAUAGUUUGGCCUGGCUGCUGUGGAUCAGUAAUUAACCAUCAUCCCAUGCACUAAGAAGUCAAUGGUUCAGUUCCUAAUCAGGGAAUAUGCCAGGUUGCAGGCUCAAUCCCUAUUAGGAGGUGUAUAGGAGGCAGCC